AUGGUUCCUACUGGAAAGAAUGUCCAGGAAGUGUAUGCUGGCCAUGAAAAGAGUGUCCUGAGCGCUCUCAAAGCUAUGAGUCAAGAUCAGCGCGCAGAUACUCUCUGCAUCGAUCAGUCUACGAUCGAGCAAAGUGUUAGCAAAGCAGUCGCCUUGGAGCUACGAAAGGCCGGCGCAGAUCUGGUGGACGCCCCAGUUUCUGGAGGUGUAAUUGGUGCAGAGAAGGGCACUUUAGCCAUCAUGGUUGGCGGGUCAAUGACCUCUUACGAUCGCUCAGUCCCCGUACUUCAAGCCAUGGCUCGCAAGAUCAAUCACCCAGUUCCUGGGGUCAAGGCUGGAGACUCUAGCCCUCCGGCUCAUCGGAACUACGAGGGCGGCUUUGUUACAAAGCUGGCUCACAAGGAUCUUGCUCUCGCUGUAUCGGCCGCUGAAGAUGCCAAUGUCCCUCUCGCGGUGGGAAGAUGCGUUGAGGAGACGUAUAGACCGUUGGCCAAGUCCAGGGAGUUUGGAGACCGUGACUUCAGUGUCAUAUACGAGGCUCUGGAUUCCCUCGGUUUUACUAGGCAAAGCUCGAACCUGUAA